CGUUUGCAACUGGCCAUGGACGCCAGCGGAACGAGCGGCUCGGGCUCGUCGCGAAGCCCGUCCAACCCAAAUUUCCCCAAAAAUCUGGUCCGAGCCCUCCUCCUGAUACUCCCGACCCUGUUCCUCGUACCUUGGCUGUCCACAAUUACCAAAACGCCAUCGCCUCUCCCUUCUUCGCCGGGCCCCAUCAUGCAGUCCCCCUCCCUCUUCUUCUCCGCCAAGCCCAUCUCCCCUUCUCCGGCCCCUCGCGUCCGCGCCCUGUACACCGCGAAUCCGCCGCCGUCCACCGCCGUCGGCAGCGACCCCGGCUCCAUGGCCGCGUCAGGCCCCAAGUGGGCCCAGAAGACCAUCACCCUCCCUCCCCAGCGGCGCGGCUGCCACCUCGUCACUCCCAAGAUUGUGAAGGAAAUUGGACAAGACUUGUCAGAAUUCAAGUGUGGCCUUGCACAUCUUUUCCUGCAGCACACAAGUGCAUCUCUUACCAUCAAUGAGAAUUACGACUCAGAUGUUAGGGAUGAUACAGAGACAUUUCUCAACAAGAUAGUUCCUGAGGGUAGAUCUGCACCUUGGAAGCAUACAAUUGAGGGUCCUGAUGACAUGCCAGCUCAUAUAAAAUCUUCCAUAUUUGGCUGUACCCUCACGAUACCAAUUACAAAUGGGAAGCUUAACAUGGGAACCUGGCAGGGAAUAUGGCUUUGUGAGCAUAGAGACCAUGCCACUGCCCGGUCUGUGGUAGUAACCCUUAAUGGAAUAUGAGGUGGCUUGAUUUAGCAAUUGGUUUUUGCCCUGGUGUAAAGUAAACUGAAAGAGGGAUGGAGUUCUUGCUUGAUGUUUAUGUCAAUUGCUAAAUGUAAUGAUCACUUUGCAACUUGUUCUGCAAUGACUAUUGUGGCAUGUGUCAUGAUCAUAAGUGUGUGCGGGAAGUGAGCAUUUUGACAUGGGUGAAUGAUGAUGCAUUCGCUUGGAUGAUCAUGCUUCAAUGAGCGACAAUGUAGCAUAGCUAUGUGCUGUUAUUAUCGAGUUAAGAUUCCAUUGAAAUGACCUCCCGAAGGCUAUAUAGCAGAUGUCGGAAAAGUUUCCCA